CCCCUCAACCUCAUUGCAACCAUGAUGGUGAUUUUGGUGUGUGAAAAUACACAAUGAUUGAGUGAAAAUAUUUACAAUAAUAAAAAAAAAAAAAAUCUUUGAUACGCAUAAAUUGUUAAUUAAUAUUUAAGAGUGUUUAAAAAUAAUGGCUUCCUUAGUUGCGGAUUACGGUACGUCUUCUGGUUCUGACAGUGAAGAUGAAAUAGCAUAUAAUUCUUCACAGGAGUUGGAUGAAAAUGAUGAUGAAAAUAAUGAAAAUGAAAAAGAUGAAAUGAUGAUAAAUAUAAAAAAAAUAACAACAAAUGAAAUAAAUAAACUUCCAUUACCAACACCAGAUUUUAAUAGUACACCAACAUUAAAAACAUCAGUAUUUUUAAAUCCAUUUUCAGAAGCUGAAAAAGCUAAAAGUGCAAUACUUGAAAAACAUGUUAAAAUGACACCAACAUUGGAUGAUACUAAAAUGAUUAAUGGACGUAAAAUAUGUUGGAAUUAUCGUAAGGGUCGUUGUCGAUAUGGUCAUAAAUGUACAUUUGCUCAUGAUUCUGAUUUACAUCGUAGUGUUGCUGAUUUAGAAACAAUACGUAAUACUGAAGAAACAGUUAUAUGUCAAACACAUUUUAAUAAUCAAAUUAAUAAUCAUCAUGAUGAUGAUGAAAUUUAUCAAGAAAAUAAUCAAAUUAUUAAAAAAAAUAAAAAACGUCCAGGACUAUCACAAAAUUUGGUACCAGGUAAAAAAGUUAUUAAAAUGUACAAAGCACAAGCUAAUCCUGUUGGACGAUAAAUUUAUAUUUUUAUAUUAAUUUAAUUAAUAACAACACACAACAAUAUAUUAAAAAUCAAAGAAUUUUAAAUUGAUAAAUAAGCUGUUAUUUAUCAAUGCUUCCAAAAAGUGCUUCAUGUACAAAUUUAAAAGAAAAAUAUCUGAUUGAAUAUUUAAUAAAAUUUUCCAAUUCAAUGAAAAAUAAUAUAAAUUAAUAUUUGCACUUUUACCAAAUAUUAUAUUUAAAUAAUUAUUUUUAAGAAUAUUAAUAUGAAAACAACAACAACAUCAACAACAACAAGUGCAUAUGCUGUUAAAAAAAAAAAUAUAUAUAUGAAAUUUACAAUUGUUUUUUUAUCCAGUAACUGUGCAGUUAAUUUUUUCCAUAAAAAUAAAAAUUAUCUUCCUAGUAUUAUAAACAAAAAUAACAACAAUAGUUAAACAUUAACAAUUAUUAUAUAAUAAAAUUUAAAAAAUGUUUAAACUUCCAUAAUAAUUUUUUUACAAAUGAAAUAAAAAAAAAAAUAUUAUUCAAUAGUUAUUAUUAUUAGCAACAAUAUCGUAUGAUUUACAAUAAAAAAAAAUUAAUUAAAAAACGAUAAAUACAGUAAACAAUUAAUUUGAAAGUUUAUCAAUUAAAUUUUUAUAAUUAUUAAAAGACACUAUUUUAAGAAAUUAAAUUCCGACAAUUUAAAAAAUAAAAACAAUUAAUUUUUUUUUAUUUAUUUUUAUUAAAUGAACUAUUGAAUAUUUAAAAAAUCUCGUUUUUUAAUUAGUAAUGUUAUUCAUCUAAUAAAAUAUAACCACUGUUAAAAAUCAAUAAAUUAAUUUGAUUAUUUUUUUAAAUUAAAAUAAUAACUUCCUUCAGUAAUUUGUGAUUCCAAGAAUCAAGUUUUAUUUGAUUAAAAUAAUAAUAAAAAGUUUGAAUAAAUAAAUCUAUUAACUAAUUUUUAUUCCUUACUGUUAUAAGUAUUUUAUUUAUUAAGUUUAACUUAUUAUAAAAAUGUAUGAAAACACAAAAAAAAAAACAAAGCACAAAACAUUCUGUAAAUCAUUUUUUUUUGUUGAAUAAAAAUUGAUUGAUUAAAGAAUUAAAAUUGAGUAUUUAUUUUUUAAAAAUAAUUAAUAAGGAUAAAUAAAAUAAAAAUGUUAUUAACA